CCCGCCUCCCGUGCUGCCGGGAGUUGUAGUUCAUGAGCCGUCCCGGGUCUCUCCGCCCUUAACGUCCCUCCGCCUCCCGCAAUGCUCUACGCCUCAGGCCGCUUCCUAGCGGCCCGGGCGGCCACCACACUUCCCGCCCCGCCCAGAGCCCGGGGCCCGGCGCUCCGCGGCAAGCGGAGGGAACUACAAAUCCCAGGGCACCUCGAGACGCCCUCCUAUGACUCCUUGACGGGACUGCGGACGAGACCCAGCGCGCCUCCCGCCCGGAGGGUAAUCCUCAGGAAGGGGAGGAUGCCGCCGGCUAUAGGCGGCGGCCUAGCGGGUUCAGAGCUGCGGCCCCGGAGGGGCCGCUGCGCGCCGCAGGCUGCCAGGGCCGUGGGCCGGGACACGGUCCCCCAGGUUGCAGCACGGAGCCUUAAACGGCCUGCUUGGAGCUCGUGGCGCUUCGAGACGGCAGGGCGGUGGGCCACGCUGGCUGUGGUGACGCUGCUGUCCUUCGUCACCCGCUUUCACCGGCUAGAUCAGCCGGCGCACGUCUGUUGGGAUGAGACUCACUUUGGAAAAAUGGGAAGUUACUAUAUCAACCACACCUUUUUCUUUGAUGUACACCCACCUCUGGGAAAGAUGCUGAUUGGUCUUGCUGGCUACCUGAGUGGAUAUGAUGGUACCUUUUUGUUCCAGAAGCCUGGGGACAGUUACCAGCACCACAACUACAUGGGAAUGAGAGGGUUCUGUGCUUUCCUGGGUUCCUGGCUGAUCCCCUUUGCCUACCUCACAGUACUGGAUCUGUCCAAGUCCUUCCCAGCGGCACUGCUCACCGCCGCCCUUCUCACCUUUGACACAGGAUGCCUCACUCUGUCCCAGUACAUCCUCCUUGACCCCAUCCUGAUGUUCUUCAUCAUGGCUGCCAUGCUGAGCAUGGUCAAGUACAACUCCUGCGCUGACAGGCCUUUCUCUGCCCCCUGGUGGUUCUGGCUGAGCCUGACUGGCAUUAGUCUCGCUGGUGCUUUAGGGGUCAAGUUUGUUGGCCUCUUUAUCAUCCUGCAAGUGGGACUGAACACCAUCUCAGACCUUUGGCACCUGUUUGGAGACCUCAGUCUUUCUCUGGUGACUGUGGGGAAGCACCUGACUGCUCGAAUCCUGUGCCUCAUAGUGCUGCCUUUGGUGCUCUAUGUGACCAUUUUUGCUCUUCACAUCAUGGUGCUGAAUAAAAGUGGUCCUGGUGAUGGUUUCUUCAGUUCUGCCUUUCAAGCCCGGCUUUCAGGGAACAGCCUUCACAAUGCUUCUAUCCCUGAGCACCUGGCAUACGGCUCUGUAAUCACUGUGAAGAAUCUCCGCAUGGCCAUUGGCUACCUGCACUCCCAUAGGCAUCUCUACCCUGAGGGCAUUGGUGCUCUCCAGCAGCAGGUUACCACCUAUUUGCAUAAGGACUACAACAACCUGUGGAUUAUCAAGAAACAUAAUACAAACUCAGAUCCCCUAGAUCCUUCAUUCCCAGUGGAGUUUGUCAGACAUGGAGACAUCGUUCGACUAGAACACAAAGAAACAACUCGGAACCUGCACAGUCACUAUCAUGAGGCCCCCCUGACCCGGAAGCAUUAUCAGGUCACUGGCUAUGGCAUAAAUGGGACAGGGGAUUCAAAUGAUUUCUGGCGGAUUGAAGUUGUAAACAGAAAAUUUGGGAACAGGAUCAAGGUACUGAGAAGUCGAAUUCGUUUCAUCCAUUUGGUCACAGGUUGUGUUCUGGGAUCUUCAGGAAAGAUUCUGCCCAAGUGGGGCUGGGAGCAGUUGGAAGUUACUUGCACUCCGUACCUAAAAGAAACUGCUAACUCCAUCUGGAACAUAGAAGACCAUAUCAAUCCCAAACUGCCAAACAUCAGCCUGGAUGUCUUGCAGCCCAGUUUCUCUGAGAUCUUUCUGGAGUCCCACAUGGUUAUGAUCCGGGGAAACAAUGGCCUCAAACCCAAGGAUAAUGAGCUCACAUCCAAACCCUGGCACUGGCCUAUCAAUUAUCAGGGCUUGCGCUUCUCAGGGGCCAAUGACACAGAUUUAAGAGUCUAUCUGCUUGGCAACCCUGUGGUCUGGUGGCUGAAUCUGGUGAGCAUUGUCCUCUACCUCCUCUCGGGGAGCAUCAUUGCCAUCGUUCUACAGAGAGGUGUACAGUUGCCAGCAGAGUUGGAAGGGCUGUCCAGGGUGCUGCUUCGAGGAGGUGGCCAGCUCCUGCUAGGCUGGAUGCUCCAUUACUUCCCCUUCUUCCUGAUGGGCCGGAUCCUGUACUUCCACCACUACUUCCCAGCCAUGCUCUUCUCUACCAUGUUGACAGGUAUCCUGUGGGAUACCCUCCUGCGGCUCUGUGCCUGGGGCUUGGCCUCUUCUCCCCUGGGUAGCAGAAUACAUGUGAUGGGAAUCCUAAGCCUGCUUCUGGCAACUGCCUACAGCUUCUACCUCUUCCACCCUCUGGCUUAUGGGAUGAUUGGUCCCUUAGCCCAGGAACCUGAGAGUCCAAUGGCAGGACUAAGGUGGCUGGAAUCAUGGGACUUUUGAGGCCACUGCCAGGACCCCAGCCUGGAUCCAGGGACACUCAGCUAUGGAGCCAGAUCCUGGACCCUUCCACGUCCAGGGGAACUGCCUGAGGAGCCCCCAGGACCAAACUCUGGGAAACAGACCCGGAUUUAACUCAACACUAAAAGGAGCCACAGCCCUGUCUGCAGCACCUACCCUGGGCACUUUACCUACAGCACCACCUGGUGCCGGUUCCCUCCUGUGCAACACAAGGAAAGUGGGUGUGAGUGUGGGAGGGUACAUAUGUUCAAUCCCCUUGGAGUGUAGAACACCUAACUGGAGUCAAGUAUCUUAAAUUCCAAGAAAUGGUCCAAGGUUAACAGGAUAUUCUCUGGCAUCUUUUUACAUUGAUUUUGGUUUUGUUGGGGUUUGUAAGGUCCGUAAGAAAGUAUUUGUCCUCCCUGAGGGCUAAGAGUGCUGUUCCCCGCCCCCACAGUGUUAACAAAGGCACAGCAGGUGGGACCAUCAAAACUCUCCUGCCCUACCCCUGUGCUUCCAGUGAGGCUAGCCAAGCACCCCACACUGGGGGCUGGCCCCCUGCUACUGCCACCAGCGUCUUCUGUGGAUACAGUGCUGCCUGUAGCGUGUGCAGAGCACAAGCUGGCAGAGAAGUUGCCAGACUAUAGUUGGCCUUCCUUAGAUUUUUGGUUCCCUAUUCUCUGAGCUGGGUGGGUGGAACCCACAUCUUGUCUGCUCUGUGCCCAGAGUCUGUUUCUCGCUGACCAUCCCCUUUUCUCUGCAGCUGCCUGGCUCUGAGGACUAAGCCCUGUGGGCUGAAAGAGCCAACAGCUGAGUCAGAGCAGAGAUUGUGGGACUGAGCAUCUGAUGGGAUGCGGGGAUAAGGGACACUCGGCCUGUCUGGGCUGAUGUUCCUGCAUGGCAUUCCUGUUUCCACACUCCCAGCCCUCCCUGACAAUGUCUUUCUUCUGUUCUGACACUGCCGUAUCAAGUCUUUUGCCUAAAGACCCAGAGCACCUGAAAAACAGCUUCUAGUGCCCACCACUUUCAGCUCAGAGCUGUUCUUCCAUUUCCUUGUCCAAAGGGAGUAAGAAAAUCUGGUCAGAACUAAACCACCUCAAGACCAGCCCUUUAGUCUGCCUUCUCCCUUUCAGUUCAGAAUGAAGUAAUUAUUUGAUCCCAGAAGAUUUUGAAAUUUCAAGGUUUAAUGAUGAAUUUGCCACACUCCAUUUUCUCAACUCUGACAGGGUCAGAGCUCUUUAAAGCAUCUUCAGGAGGUGGUUGCCACGGAGACUGGAAAUUGGUCUCAGGGACAGGCUGUGCUACUUGCAGAGUGGUAGAAAGGAAAGCUUCUGGGCCCUGCUUGGACAUUCAGCUGGAGCAUCAUUAAUGUUAAUAGAGGAAGUUCAGCCCUAUCAAGAGCAAGGCAAGGUAGCUAAUUAGAUCUGAGGCCCACUGACCAUUUUCUCCAAUAGCUGCACCCUUUCGACUCCCCUCCUCCCCCCCCCACCCCCAGCAGCAAGUUCACCUUCUGUGAGGAGUCUGAGCUGUCUGCUUAAUAGCUUUUCUGGCAGAGACUGUGGAGCUCUGCUCCCAUUACCCUCCCCAACCUUUGCCUGCAGCACCAAACAGAGCUUGUUCUGAGCCCGAUGGGUGCCAUCUGGGUAGAUUUUCCUCAGGGGAUGCAGGAAUCUGACUCUUAACAGGGAGGCCCAUGGGGGUAUCUAACAGGUGGCUGGAUUUUCUUGUGCCUUAUUUCUGGAGGCACUUGUUAGAGGGAAGGAACCCUGAAGUAACCAGGUAGUGGCCUUUGAGAGCCAGAGUAGGUAGGAGAGUUCAGUGGGCUCUGACAUGCCCCUCCCAGUGUCACGGAAGGGGUCUCUUGUUUCCAAGUAUGGGAAGAAGGAUGCUCCCCAUCUUCUCCCUCUUCCAUACCCAAACUGGCAGAUACUUCUAUGGGAAAAAGUCCUCUUGGUGACAUCACUAAAUACUUGGGCUCUAUUUGGAGGACGGAGGGGCAGUGGGCUCUAGGAUGCUGCUUUGCAUAUGGGCUGCAGCCCUCAGGAACUGGCAGAGAUGAGGCACAUCUCAGAGUGCUGUCAAGGAAGAAGAUGUGCCACGCAGCGUAACCCAGCCAACGUCUUAACCAACCACACUUUUUUUUCUUUUUUAAGUUUCCAGAGAUAAUCAGAGACCAUUACUUUUGUAAUAAAUAGCUCUUGUUUUUAACACUA